UCAGACGGAGGGAGUCAGAGCGACUGCUGGUUUCCAGGCGGGAGGACACAUGGGUCGACACCACAACCUUUCAUUUUUGCACUAAUGUGUGUGUGUUAAAUACGACAAGGAAUCCUAUAUGAACACUUACGGGCUUUCCAGCGUCCACUCCUGACGUUUCUGCACGUCUGUGUUUUGCUUCUUGGAUUUGGGGAGACGCUCCGCGUUAUGCUCAGUGCUGAAAACGGGACUGCGGACGAUAUUUUAUUCGCUCAUUCGCGUCUCGUGUGGACUCAUUAUCAGUGUCAAACACCGCAUGACAAUGCGAGUUGUUGUUUUGUUAGGAUUUUGACGCGAGUGCCGUCAUUUGAGUAGUAACUUAACAUGUCGGAUUGUUUUUCGUCGUUGUGUGCGUCUUUAUCACGAAUUGUCUCCCUCCGUUAAUUGUCUGGACUGCUCCGGGCUAUUCGUUUUUAAUCUGCAUGCAUCCGGACGAAGAAGGAGAAACCGACAGAUAAACGACUGGAGGACUGAAGAAUGAACGAGAUUCACUGAAGAACAGGAGGAAACGCAGCAAGGUUCUCCAUCAGUGAGAGGGCGUGAGGGAAGGAGUGCCCCGCAUUCAAGCUCCCGCUGACCGCACUCCCCCCACCACCCUUCGCUCCGUCCACAGCAUGGCUCUCGCUCUCUGGAUCCUCUUUACCUGCACCAUCACCCUGAGCAACGUCAGCCCCUCUGCCCAGGCGUUAAGUCGCUCUGCAAUGCCAUUUGGUCUGAUGAGGAGGGAGUUGGCAUGUGAGGGUUACCCCAUCGAGCUCCGCUGCCCCGGCAGUGAUGUCAUCAUGAUCGAGACAGCCAACUAUGGUCGCACGGAUGACAAGAUCUGUGACGCCGACCCCUUUCAGAUGGAGAAUGUACAGUGCUAUCUGCCAGACGCCUUCAAGAUCAUGUCACAAAGUCUUUGUAUGUCCUGGGACUCUAUUAAGGGUGCAGGCAGCAAGUUUGCUGCAGGAGGCAGAGCAUCAGUCGGGGGCAUGGUGUAA